AGGCGAGACUGAUGGACCUGGACCUGAUGUGUUCCUUCCUCUUCCUCCUCCUCCUUCUCCUCCUCCUCCUCCUGCACCUUCUUCCCAUCUUGGGUGGUUCUCGUGCGCGACCUCCUCUCGCUCUCCAAACAGGAAUCCCGCGCUGUGGUGAGAGGUCUGAUGUCAGACCUCAGCUCUCACAGCCCUGCAAGACAAGUGCGCUGAAGACGUCUGAGGAGCCCAGAGACUCACUAGACCCCAUCAACAGACAUGGAGGAAAAAACAGACGGUGGAUCGGCUGCAGUGACGAGUGAGGAACUGGCUGCUGUAGAAGAUGAAGAGGUUCUCAACAAGAUGCUGGACGACGCAGCAGAUUUCGACCAGAGACGAAUGAUUCGUGCUGCAUUAAGAGACCUGCUGAAGAAAAAGAGAGAUAAACGGGAGCAGGAGCGAGGGUCGAGGCAGCAGGACCUGAGGCAGCAGGGCCUCGGCAAAGGAGCAAAGACCGGCUCAGCAGUUAGCACAGGCAGAGCGUCCAUGAACCAGCAGCCAUCAACAAACAAACCGACAGGUCAGUCCUCUCCAUCAGCCUCCGCUCCCUUCAACAGGACAGGAGGCAGCAAGACCAGUCCUGCUGCAGCCCCGGUCCAGACAUGUCCUGCUGCUGCUGCAGUACCCAACGCUAAAAAUGUCAAACAGAUGCUUCUGGAUUGGUGCAGGGCCAAAACAGAGCCAUAUGAGGGGGUGAAAAUCCAGAACUUCUCCUCAAGCUGGAAAGACGGUAUAGCCUUUUGCGCCUUAGUGCACCGGUUCUUCCCCGAUGCGUUCGAGUACUCCAUCCUCAACCCCAACAAGCCCAGGGAAAACUUCCAGCUGGCUUUCGACACUGCAGAGAGGCUGGCAGGCUGCCCCCCUCUGCUGGACCCUGAUGAUUUAGUCCGGAUGAAAGAGCCCGACUGGAAGUGUGUGUACACAUACAUCCAGGAGUUUUACCGCUGCCUGGUGGAGAAAGGCCUGGUGAAAACCAAAAAGAAGCCGUAGACUCCGGGGACACUCAGACACAGCCAUGCAUGACUCGAUGGAAUUUCAAUCGAAACACAGAUUAUAGCACAAGAUGAGGUCAAAAGAUUAUAUCAUGCACUCUUGUCAGUUUGCCAAGGGGUAAAAGGUUAAGUGUUCAGCUCUGAUGCCCCAUACGAACAUGAAUGUAAAGUGCCUAACGUAUUUGUACUGUGUGUGUGUGUGUGUGUGUGUGUGUGUGUGUGUGUGUGUUAGCAGGGACUUAUGGUUGGCUGUGUGCUCUCAGUGGACAGAUGGUGCUUAGGAUCAGUACAUUCCACUGAGAUUACACAUCUGCAUUAAUCCCAGUCAGGGCCAUGGAGAAUCUGGGAACAAAUGUUAUGAUGAUGCCCUAGGGCCAAGACAGAUUUACUACGUAUCCAUUUCAUUAUUACGCAGUUUCUCUUGAGAUAUCAGAUGUUAUGUUCAUUGAUAAAUUCAUAAUUCAUAAUAUAGUCAGAAAAGUACAUUGGAGGGAAUAGAUUUAUUUUGAACAUAUCCACCAACACCUUGUGUGAGUGGUAUAAAUGUGUGGUGAAUGAUUAUGGGAUAAAUUAAUGGGCACUCCACUAACAAAGUGAAUAAACAC